AAAACCAAAGACGAAGCGAGGGAAACAAAGACGCCAUUGUUGGAGGAAGGAAGAGAAGCUACAUACUGUACCGGUACGCUGUCUCCACCGCUAUCUAUCCUCUUUGCCCCAAGCUGCCAGAAGAAACCAAGUCGUUUGUAAGUACUGCACAGUAGAGGAAUCCACAAUUACUGGAGUCUGCCAAGCAAUACUUCUACGGUACUGCAAUCAAAACCUCAACAAACAAGCCAUCUCAAGUAGACAGCGUCAUUGGCCAUCUGUAAUUAUUUGUAAAAAUGCCCAAAACCAGCAAAAAGAAGCGCAAGAGUCGUUCGGUCGUCGGCGAGGAGGACUUGGAAGCCGAUGCCUGCUUCAGUUGUUCCCAGGUAGCCGCGGAACCCUCCCAAGAAAUAGCGCCCGUCAAGCCAUCGGAGCAAAAGAAUUUGGACAACUUGAAGGCAUCCCAACGCGAAAAGGCGCUGUUGGAUCUCUCUCGUCUCGUUCUCUUCAAGGCAUUGGCCGGAGAACCCAUUGAUCGCGUCAAGGCGUGCAAAGAAGCUGGCAUUGCCGGAGACAAAAUCUCCACCGCCGCCUAUGCCGAAGUCAAGGACCGACUGGCCAAUGUCUUUGGAUUCGAACUCAAACGACUGCCCAAAUACAUGGACAAGGCGAAGUCGGUCCCCAAAAAAUACAAAACCGAUCGACUCUUUGUGAGAACACAAGACACGGAACUGGAACAACACUCCAAAGACUUGCUCAAAGUACACACCCACGCUUCCAUUGAACGAGGACUCCUCAUGGUCAUUCUCGCGUUUGCCUAUUGCAAGGGAGCCAAUUUGCCCGAUGGAUCCCGUUGGAUUACCGAAGUCGAUCUCUACGCGUUACUUCAUCAAUUGGACCCCAACCUUCCCGCGGAACCACCCUCUGCCAGUGCCAAAAAGGCCGGAGGACGACAACACGUCCUGGGCGAUCAAGAUACCCUCGGCACUCCCAAUGUCGAUCGACUCCUCGAACAAUUCGUCAAGACGGACUAUCUCCUCCGCGAAAAAUUGACCGAAGACAACAAACUCGUCGCCGAACUUCUCUCGCACAAGGAUCAUUCUUCCAUGAUGACACAAACACAACAAUCAUCGAACGGUGAAGAUGUCACACUCGUUUAUGCCAUGGGACCACGGGCGGCAUUGGAAAUUGGACGGAAACAAGUACUCAUGUUUUGUGCCGAGUGUAUGGACAUUUCUGAUGUCGACCCCACCAUGAUGGCGGAAUUUGAAGAAGAUGAAGAAGAAGCGGGGGAGGAAGUCGGUACGCAAGAAUAAGAAAAGAAAGCAGUGGAGAUGGUAUGGUAUUGAUAUUGGUUGUAUGCAGCAUUGAAAUGCUUAUUGGAAUGCAUGCUUCUGCAUCAGGUUGGCACAUGAUGUGUGGAAGAGAAGAGACGCAAAAGAUUGUAGCUUAUCAUUAUUACUAAAGAGCAAUGCAAAAGUGGUACUGGUGUCCGGUAGGGCAAUGCACGUGGUAGCAAGCAAAAGGUGCUGGAGCAAAGGUGCCUUGGCACCAAGACUACAGCUGGUGUUUUCUGGUCAACAUUCAAAACAAAUUUUGCCAAAGUAACAUUGGAGGCAUCAAUACCGGUACCGGUACGCAGCCUUGUUCUACAGAAAAACUUUGAACACGUUGAGGGCUAGCUAGCUACCUGGAUAUUUUCUUGGGAGGAUGGCAGCCAUUUCCUGUUGUGCUUGCCUUCAACGUUAUCCAAUGUUAUGGGAUUCGAUUCUGUGCAGACCAGAGCUUUCGCCAUGAUGCUCCUCAUCACAGGGUGGGGAACAUAGAUUGACGACCGCUAGCUACUAGUAGUUAGUAGGCUGCCUAUACCGGUACCGUACCGCCCACUUCUUCCCCAACAGCUUCCCCAACCCAAAACAUGUAGCAAACCCUUCCAAAUUCUCACAAUUCCAACUUUGCGAUUCAUUCCUCACAAUAUCAGCUUUCCCAUUCCAAAACUUCGCACAUCCUUCACCAUUCCGACAUUCAAAGGAACAGCAUCGAAAUUAGCAUCCUAUGGCAAGGCAACCCCAUCAGCACUGUCAAGACCUUCGGGACACGACACUGCAGCCUAUGCAACAGGGAGCGACUCGAGAUACUGAAACGAUCCAGAGAAUCGCCAGAAAAGCUGAUCAACUCCUGGAGCAUGCGGAC